AUGAUCCCCAAGGAGCAGAAGGAGCCAGUGGUGGCUGUCAUGGGGGACCUUGCUGAACCAGUCCCUUCACUGGACCUGGGAAAGAAGCUGAGUGUACCCCAGGACCUGAUGAUAGAGGAGCUGUCUCUGCGAAACAACCGGGGAUCCCUGCUCUUUCAGAAGAGGCAGCGCCGGGUGCAGAAGUUCACCUUUGAGCUGUCAGAAAGCUUGCAGGGUAUCCUGGCGGGAAGUGCCCGAGGGAAAGUGGCUGGCAGAGAGCCGCAGGGGACGCAGGGGACGGUUCCCAAUGGCCCGGCGGAGCAGAACCAGCAGAACCACGGCUCCGAAAUCCACGGGUUUCAUGAGUCACCUGGGGACACCUGGACAGCCCACCCGGGGGCCGCUGGGGCUGAAUCGGUCCGAAGUCCAAGCGCCCUGGCGCCAGGCUACGCGGAGCCGCUGAAAGGCGUCCCGCCUGAGAAGUUCAACCACACCGCCAUCCCCAAAGGCUACCGUUGCCCGUGGCAGGAGUUCGUCAGCUACCAAGACUACACGAAUGGCAGCAGAAGCCACACUCCCAUCCCCCGCGACUAUCGCAACUUUAACAAGACCCCCGUUCCAUUUGGAGGACCCCACGUAGGGGAGACCAUUUUCCAAGCAGGCACCCCUUUUGUCCCAGAGCCCUUCAGUGGCUUAGAACUUCUCCGUCUCAGACCCAGUUUCAACAGGGUUGCUCAGGGCUGGGUCCGGAAGCUCCCUGAGUCUGAGGAGCUGUAACUCUGGCCUGAAGCUACAAUUCCCUGGGCUUGAGGCUCAAGGAACAUCGUUUUGUCUUGAGUUUGCUUGCUUUUUUUCUUUCCCCCGCUCCCCUCUCUGAGACAGGAUCUCACUCUCUAGCCUAGACUGGCCUGGAACUUAGUAUGUAGCGCAUUCUGGCCUGGUUUUCCAGCUUUCCAGGUGCUAGGAUUACAAAGUGAGCAUGUGAAGGUAACUUGACACACUGAACAUUAGUAGAUAUAGCAGUUCAAAGGUCACUGCGUUCGUUAGUCCUCAAAGCAACAUGGAUUUGGGACCUGCCUCAGACUCACAGCCUUAGAUUUGCCUGUGAUAGAUAGAGGUGCUGUGGCCUGUGUAAGCUCCUAUGGUAUGUGUCUGUAGGAAGCCAUACCCAUGCCUGGCUCUGCCUGGCUCCAGCAGCUGUCACUCACCUGAUGACAGAAUGCUCAGUAGUAGUCCAUCUGCUUGUGGACUGUUCUGAUCAUUAGGAAGGAAUAACUUGGGAAUGCAGCUGUUUGUAGGAUGCUUGCCUAACAUGCACAUAAAUCAGGUAUAGUGGGUUAGGCCUAAAAUCCCAGCAUUUGGGAGAUAAGAGGCAGGAGGACUGCAAGUUUGAGGUCAUCCUUGACUAGAUAGUAAAUUUAAGGCCAACCUGGGCUAGAAAAGACUGUCUUAAUUUUUUUUUGAAGUUGUAACUCAGGCUGGCCAUGUACUGUGGCUGAGGACAACUUGAACUCCUGAUACUUCUGCCUCCCUCUCCCAAAUGCUGAUUAACAGAUGUGCACCUAUGACUUACGUACUGACACACAGUUGGUUUUCAUCUGUGUUUCUGAAACAUGCUCCAUGCUGGACAGUGCUGGGCCCAGGUCUUGAGAAGGGAAAUGAUAGGCAAGAGACUUGUAAGGUAGUUGUAUACUGACAGCUGAGAGCCAACCCGCACAGAACAGAACAUUGGGGGGUAGGUGGAAUUUCAGAAACUUCCCAGAGAACUUGAGCCAAACAUUAGAGGGAACAGGAGUCCAUCAUGGAAAGAGGGGGUGAUAAGAGGGCAUUUUUGGUUCAUGUUGAGGCAGGAACUGAAGAGGUAAGGUGUUUUGGAGAAAAGAAAGGCUAGAGUGGGACUCUACUGGGUAAAGUGGAAAGGGUUAGCAAUGGCCUCACUGGUUGCUGUGUGGGGCCUAGGAGUAAUGCUGAAGAUCAGGGGCAAGGCCUGGAACAGGAGGGUGGGGAGAAGAGGGGAGGAGUGUCAGACUGAGACACUCUUUACAGAACAAAGUGGAACACUUAACCACACCAUCUCAUCCUCCAUUCUGAACAGAUCCUAGUUCAAGAUGGGUGAAAUGUGACAAUGUCAGUUGGUUCUCUCCAUAGCCUGCUCUAUAGAUGUGGAUAUCCACAUCUAAAGGAAAUGAAUCACCCAGCAGCAGACUCAGAAUGGAGGAGUCGGAGCCUAUCAGGGACUCCCAUGAAAAAGAGAACCACCUCACCGUUUGAGCUAAUGCUCACGGAUUCUGGAAUUGUGGAGCAGAAUGUUUUGUGAUUUAAGAGUUUAAAAGUGGGGGCUGGACCAUCCCACUAGAUGGGAUUUAGUUUAAUCUGUCUCUUUGGGUGUUGUAAACUUGGGGAAAUCAUUGCACAUUGAGUCUCUGCUUCUCUACCUGUAAUACAAGUAUAGGUCUUCUGCACAGUACAGGACAAUCAUGGGGGCUCAAUGUUAGGCUUCUUGGCUCAUACCUCCUGCUGCAAUCUGCAGUGGAUUCCAUUUAUAAAGAGGCUGUGAUGAUGUAGGAUUCAGGUCAGUGUGAAACUGAUGAUGUAAGCAUUCCCUUUGACAGGAAUUUUUGGCCAGGCUGGAUGACACAGUGGCUUUAUUUUUCUUUUGCUCUGUGUUUUACUGCCCUUUCUGGUUCCAGGGAACCAGUAGCCUGAAUCUUGGGAUUCCUUGAAAUAUUUUCUUGGAUUUGGGGCUGUCAUUCAAAGCCAAGUUUCUGUAAUCUAAAGACCAACACCAUCUUCAAAGGAGGAGGACUUGGAUUGCUUGUGUAGCUCUCUGGAAGGAAAACCUACCUAAUAGACACAGAAGAAAUCCUGGGAGGAUGUGGUCCUGCACCCCAAAAUAGGUCCUCAUUCCUUGUUCUCACGUGACUUUUGCCACUUAAUAAAAUGUGACUAGUGUCUGUCCAGCAUGGCCCUUCCCAUGCACACACAUGUACCUUCCUACUUCUGUAUUCUGUUGCAUUUCUGCAGAGUGCAGAAACCACUGGUCUUACAUAUAACAUAUUACAUGUUGCAGCAUAUUAUGUGUGCUGCUGGUUUACUGAACAAGGAAAAUUUAGGAUCCUGAAAGAACAAAUAAACAUUUCACAUAGUUUUAGGACCUAACAAGUCCUUCAUCAAACCUCUAGUUUUGUUUCCUUUUAUUUAUAUAAAGUACCAAGACUAGCCAACAAAACAUGGAAAGGCCUCUCAGUAGCACAAUGGUAAGCAAGGCAAGCCAAACAAACAUUCAUUUGAUUAUUAAGCAAAGAGAGAACAUAAAAUAAGAGGCAACUCAGGGGGGAAGGGUUUGUAGCUGAGAAUCACUGGAACGUGAACACCUCAAGGGUGACUGGAAGCUCUGUUCUAGAUAUGACUUCUAGACAGAUGUCCACUUUAAAAUAGUUCAAGUCUGUUGUACAUGUGUGUUCUAUGUACUUUGCUGUACACAUUCUAUUAAAAUGAUUCCUUUUUUGAAAAGGUUAACUUUCAGUCCCCAAAACCACCAAAACAUUUUUUAAAAAGCCAAUAGACAGAUAAAUUAAUUUCAUUAUACAUGAACUAAUACAUUUUAAGUCCUCACAUUGUAUCCCAGAGGUAAAAAAAAAAAAAAAAAAAAAAAAAAAAAAGUAAAG